AUGACGACCCUCAUUGUCUCGUUGUUUCACCCGUACACGGUCAACUUCGAUGUCCCCAAGGAAGAAAUAGACGUGCCAAUACGCCCACUCAGUCGACCUGCUCCCAUCCCCAAUGCCAAAAGCCAGGAAAUCAGUCUCCUCAAUAAAUCCUAUGGGCAGGUCACCCCUCCAUUGACCCCCUCUACCACGGAGCAAGACGAGCUCUUUCUCCGGGAUAUCAGCUGCAGCCGUGAAAGCGUACCUACCUUGAACAGUUUCAAGGCCACGACGCCCUUCGAGUCGCACUCCCCUGGGUGGGGCAUGGGUCUGAACUGGAAUCAACCAACAUCCCGUGCUAAAUCUCCUCCACCUGUAUCUAUCCUUCAACACAGUAGGCACAGAGGGCAAAGUACAAGUCACAUGAGAAAAGCCAUGCAAAAACAAAGAGCGCGAGAGCAGCUGUCAGGAGUGAGCCGUGACCGACAAUUCUCCCAUGCUGGUUGGACUGUUGAAAGAGCAGAUCUGGGAAACGCUGGUCUGUCCAAUGCUGUUAAGGCUGUCUCCAACGAAGGCUUUCUCAAGGAAAAAUUGUGGGUAGGCACGUUGGGUAUGCCAACUGAUGCGCUUGAAGAUCAUGUCAAAUCUGGCAUUGCUGAAAAGUUGGAGGAUGAUUUCGAAACGCUCAACGUCUUUGUGGAUGACAAGGACUUUGACGGUCACUAUUCCCAUUAUUGCAAGACGAUGCUCUGGCCCGUUUUCCACUAUCAGAUCCCUGACGGUCCAAAGAGCAAGGCGUACGAAGAACAUUCUUGGAAGUACUACGUCAAAGUCAACCAAGCCUUUGCCGAUAGCAUUGCCAAGAACUACAAACGUGGUGACACCGUCUGGAUCCAUGAUUAUCACCUGCUCUUGGUGCCGUCUAUGCUUCGCAAGCUCCGGCCCGAGGCCAAGAUUGGUUUCUUUCUGCAUAUCUCCUUCCCUUCGUCUGAGGUUUUUCGAUGUCUGGCCACCCGCAAAGAACUUCUCGAGGGCGUUCUUGGGGCAAAUCUCAUCGGCUUUCAAACGGAUGAAUACUGUCACCAUUUCCUUCAGACUUGCAGUCGACUGCUUGGUGUCGAGGCAUCGAAGCAUGGUGUUCAGCUGGAGAAUCGUUUCGUCAAUGUGGACACUUUCCCCAUCGGCAUUGAUCCGCAAGCCCUGGAAGAGUCUCGGGAGGAUCCGGAAGUGGCCGACUGGAUCAGCAUCAUCACCGAGAAGUACCAAGACAAGAAAAUCAUAGUGGCGCGAGACAAGCUCGAUCAUAUUCGUGGUGUGAGACCCAAACUUCUGGCGUAUGAACUGUUCCUCAAACAGUAUCCGCAAUGGAAAGAGAAGGUGGUCUUCAUUCAAGUGGCGACGUCCAACACCGAACAAGGAGAACUUGACGCCGCUGUCGCCGAUGUGGUCACGCGAAUCAACAGCCAUCCGUCUUCUGUUGCCGAUGUGCUUCUCGUUUUCCUCAAGCAGGAUAUUCCAUACCAUCAAUACCUCGCACUUCUCACGGCUGCGGAUUGUCUCAUGGUCACCAGCCUCCGUGAGGGUAUGAAUCUGACCAGCCAUGAAUAUGUAUAUUGCCAAGAUGGGAAGCAGGGAAGCAGCAAACAUGGUCCUCUGGUCCUCAGCGAGUUCACCGGGAGUGCAUCAAUCUUUGACGGUAACAAGUCGAUAUUAGUCAAUCCUUGGGAUCGUCGAGCAUGCGCGGCUGCUAUCAACCAGGCUUUGGAAAUGAGCGACAGCGAAAAGAAGCGGAGAUGGCACGAACUCCAUAGCGCCGUCAUGCACUAUACGGGCAGUUCAUGGUUCAAAACCUUCAUCAAUCAACUUGACCACGUCUAUGGAGAGCAAUCCAGACAAGAUGGUGCCUCAAUACCCCGUCUGUCAUACGAUGUCCUCAAACAGAAAUAUGACAAUGCGCAACGCCGUUUGUUCAUCCUGGACUACGAAGGUACCCUUGCCUCGUGGGGUUCACCAUCCAGCAUCGUUCAGUCAACGCCUCGAAGAGCAUUGGGGGUUCUUAAUGACUUACUCGAUGAUCCUCGAAACAUCGUCUAUGUCAUGAGUGGCUGUAUGCCGGAGGAAAUGGAGCGUCUGUUCCGACAAGUGCCCGGAUUAGGUCUGAUUGCUGAAAACGGGUGUUAUGUGUUGCAGGCAUUCAGUGGCUCUGACUUCCAAGACUCGACAUGGACCAGUCUGAUCGAUGAAGAGAAGGUCAAUGCCUGGAAGGAGGGCAUGAGAAACAUUCUACAAUACUAUCAAGAACGGAUCGAGGGUAGUCAUAUUGAAGAACGCCACUGUUCCUUCAUCCUUGACUUCAAGAAUGCGGCCGAUGCGCCCGGGGCCAAACAAAAGGUUGACGAAUGUGCUGAUCACAUCAAUGGCCUCUGUCAAGAUCAACACGUUCACGCCUUGAGUCCGGAUGGACAUCUUACCGUGGAGCAUGACCGCAUCAACAAGGCUUCGGCUGCAGCGAUAAUCGUGAACAAUCUGCGACGCAUGCAAGAAGGCAAAGGAACUGUCGCUGGAUUCCCCGACUUCCUUUUUGUUGCCGGCGAUUCAAGAGAAGACGAACAUGUUUUCCGGUGGGCCAACAGAUUGGGUAACAAAAAGGUCGUCAAAGACGUUAUCACUGUCUCUCUUGGUCAUGGGGUGCUUUCGGUCCUUCAGAGACUUGCUGCUGGCAGGUAG